AUGGUGUCACACUUCUCCUCUAUGACACAACUAUCGUCACUAAGACUGGCUAUAAAAUUACCGACGGUUGAUAAUACUUUUGAACAAGUCACUGACAUCCUUGCAAAUGAUUUGAAAGUAAACAACACUCUCACUCAACUUCAACUUAGGAACAACAAAAUAUCCGAUAGAGGAGGUGAAGCACUAGCAGAAGCACUGAAAGUAAACAAGACUCUCACUCAACUUCAACUUGGAUGGAACCAAAUAUCCGAUAGAGGAGGUGAAGCACUAGCAGAAGCACUGAAAGUAAACAACACUCUCACUCAACUUCAACUUGGAUGGAACCAAAUAUCCGAUAGAGGAGGUGAAGCACUAGCAGAAGCACUGAAAGUAAACAAGACUCUCACUCAACUUCAACUUGGAUGGAACCAAAUAUCCGAGAUGGGAGGUGAAGCCCUAGCAGAAGCACUGAAAGUAAACAACACUCUUACUAAACUUGAUCUUGGAGGCAACAAAAUAUCCGAUAGAGGAGGUGAAGCACUAGCAGAAGCACUGAAAGUAAACAACACUCUCACUCAACUUCAUCUUGGAUGGAACCAAAUAUUCGAUAGAGGAAGCGAAGCCCUAGCAGAAGCACUGAAAGUAAACAACACUCUCACUCAACUUGAUCUUGAAGGUAACAAAAUAUCCGAUAGAGGAGGUGAAGCACUAGCAGAAGCACUGAAAGUAAACAAUACUCUGAUUCAACUUUAUCGUGUAUGA